UUACAAGAGGGUUCAACAGCUGUGGAAGUGCAGAGGUAAAAGUUCCUAGCUGUUCUGUAUGAYCCACCAUCGGAUAUUGAAAUAUGAGUGAAAACCUGGAUUUUUGCGAACCUUUUCAAGACAGCAAGGCUGCAUAUGUGCUCAACAAUGUCGCCGAAGUGGUUGAGAGAGUUCUCAUGUUCAUACCAACCAAAUCGCUUCUGCAGGUCGCCAGUGUGUGCAGAUUGUGGAGGAACUGUGCCCGCAGAGUGCUUCGGACUCAGCAGCAUCUGACCUGGGUGUCCGCCUCUGGACCCUCCACCACAGAGCUUCACUCUUUCUGCAGCAUCCUGGCUGAAGAAGUGGAGCACGUAUAUUCACGCAGCAUGGUUUUCACCUUUUUAACAGUAACUCCGACCGGUUCGUGGACCGGUGCUCCUAAGGAGUACCAGGAAGGGGAGGCAGGCUUUGCAGUCAUGCUCCCCAACACUGAUGGUGUUCACAUCAAGCCGUUUCACUUUUGUAAGAAAACAAUCUCUCUGGAAGCCAUGAAAGAAGCAGGACUGGUUGACAACCCAGAGCUACGUGUAGUGGUGAUGUUCAUCUAUGAAGCGUAUAAAUCUGGAGGAGCACGGUUCCUCAGCCAGAUCUUGGAGCCGCUGACAAACAGCAAGGCUUUAAUUGCAGGAGGGCUGGUGGAAGGCGUCUUCUCUCCGCCCAGAGAAUGCUGCAGCAAGGGAUCGUACGGUGUGAUCGGCCUGGCUCUGAGCGGCCGUAAAGUCCAGGGGGCGUCCGUGCUCCUCGACCAAGACGUCGGCACCGCAAAGGAAGCGGAGGCCACGGUCCGACGGCUAAAGGCAGCCAGGAUUCCUGAGAGAAACACCCUGGGCUUCAUGUUUGCCUGCGUGGGGAGGGGCCAGAACUACUACCACAACCAGCACAACGUGGAGGCCGACGCUUUUCACAAGGUCUUCCCCAAUACGCCGCUGUUUGGUCUGUUUGGCAACGGCGAGAUCGGCUGUGACCGCAUCGUUAAAGACGACUACACCCUCUGCAACUCCGACUCCGACACCUUGCAGCACGAGUACACCACCGUCAUGACCCUGGUCCACUUUGGCUGACYGGGAAGAAGGAGUAAGAGGAAAGAAGUCGACGUGUCAUGCUUCUGUUGUCAACGACGACUUGGAGCAGCAGACAUUAUGUACAAAGUGUCACCCAGGAUAUUGCUCUCUUCAUUUAUGCUGACAAAGCAGGACGAUAAUCCCCUCAGCCAUGAAGGCGUAAUGGCAAAAACCUUUGGAGGUUUUAAGUCUUGGAAACUUUGAGAAGAAAGGAUUUUCCCAGAGUGUACAUACUGACAUCAAAUUCUGCUUGUGUUUAGUAGUAUGUUUAUGUCUUUCACUCCAAUUUCUUCACACAUUCAAGACACAUUCUUCCAUGUGGCUGCACUUUUUUUGUUCAUGGAGGUAAAGAAAUUUGGUUUGUUUUUCCACCACAAAAUCAGGGUAAGCUUUAGCAAGUCUGACACAGUUUUGUGUCACCAGUGUUAGCCUACAGAUUUCUGUUAUUUUAAUUUUUUUUAUAUCCGUUUAAUUCAUCCAGCUGUUAGCUUGGCACGCUGGUCGUAUUAUCUCGGCUUCCGAAGUCUUAGGCUUUUUUCAAGUUUUCUGCUAAAGUCAAGUUGUUGGGGAAAAUGUGUACAAACUGGGAGCUUGGGGAUAACAGUAUUUGGGUUUUUGGAUCAUUACAUGCUAGAUUAUUUGAAAUGAUAAUUUUCCCUGCAUGCCGAAUGUUUAGUUUGGCCGUUUCUUUUUCAUUUUCAGAUACAAGUUGUAGAAAGUGCUCAGCUUUAAAGAUGUCUCUUCAGUGCCUAGAUUCACACUCCUUGAAUCUUUUUACAUYUUGGUAAGUGACGAUGUAUUUAAUUAGGAUUUUAUGUUUAUAGACCAACGAAAGGUCAUAAUAAUUGUGAAUUUGAAGGAAAAUAAAGCAUUUUUCAUUUUCA